CGAUGCAUUACCUUCGAAGAUUCAGGAACGAAGAUCCAAAACAUGAAGUUUUUUUUUAAGUUAAACCGCUUUGGUUUAUUGAAUGCUUGGUAUCUAACGUGGUCGAGAACAGAAUCUACCAGUUCAUCGCCAUAUUAACCAUGCUGGGUGGUUCCUUGGAAUUCGGUUUAUAGCGAUUUCGAUAUGUUUGCCAACUUUGCAACAAUGUUUUUUACAGCUUUCCAUACAAAUCUCGCACUUGUCCCAUUUCUUUUACAACGCAAGACUUUCGCUGAGGUUCGACGCCAUGCUCAACUUUAUUUUUGGAAAAUUCAGGAGAUAGAACCGGAAGCGGUCAAAGAAUUGAAGAGAGGCAUAAGGACUGGAAAGAUGGUUCUCAUCGUUUCGCUGAUGCUCUGUUGCCCAACUCCAAUAUUACUUUUGCCAUACAGGGGCGUCGAUUACAACAGCACCGAACAUACGGUCAUUAUGGUCCUACCGUAUUUAAAAUUGCCAAUAAUUCUACAGCAUGUCCUCGCAGCGUUCUAUCAUAUGUUGCUCUUUGGCUAUGGAUAUUUUAUUUUUUUGUACUUGCUAAAUUGGACGUACAUGAUUCUAACGUAUAAACUGGAGGUUAUUAUACUUAAGUGGAAAAUCAUAAAUAUAACGAAGGAGUUGGAGAGAAAACUGACCUUUUUUGAUAUUAUUGGAAACACAGAAUGCCAAAUCGUCAUCAAGCAACGGUUAAAAACUUGGGUGAAGGAUCACAUACAACUGCGAGUAUUCGCCAAGAUGGUAAUUAAUUCUGUUAAAGUCUCUCUAUUUUUUCACGUUUUUAGCGGAAUAAUACUGAUAACUACUCUAUCUUACAUUCUUCUGUUGCACAACGGUGGUACAAACCCAGGCGCCAUGUUGCUGGAACUAAUAGGUGCAUUAUAUUUAGCAACUUUUUACGCAAUUUGGGCCGAAAUUUUCAGUUAUCAGAAUGAACUGUUACAUGAAGCAAUCAGUGCUGCUCCAUGGAAUUGUUUCGACAAGGGAAACUCAAUGACAACUUUAAUAAUGUACUGCAAUUUGGGAAAAAGGCUUUACCUUUCCGCUGGAGACAUAUUCGUGGGAAACUUUCAGCUAUAUGUCUGGGUAUUGGAAAAAGUGGUAAAUUUACUGAGCGCUUUGAAGUUGAUGGAUCAACGCUAAACUGAAACAUAUUCAUAGUUCUUCUUUAUUUGUAUAUGUUAGCAUAUUCAAUUAUACUUCUGCUUUAUUUGUAUAUCUUAGACAUUUGAUGUUAUUUUGGCCUGUAAUGCAAUAAAUUUCGGUUAAAAGGCAAACAUGUCUAUCAUGGAUCAAUGUAACUAAUACUGGAGGAUCUUUGGUUUGAGGAACAUUGUACGUCAGACGGCCUCGCAAAUGCAGCGUU